UUCGCGCGCGUGUUCAGUGACUCGUUGGCAAAGAAAAGUGCCGUCUUCAGUUUGGCUUGAAUUUCCGGUGGCAAUUUAGUGAGGUCGGCUGGUCGACGAUGGCGACGCUCAAGUUUGACGACAAUAAGGUGCCCUACCUGGACCUCGGCAAGGGGUACCGGAUCGCGCUCGAAGGCGACGAGUACACCGAUGCCAAGUCGAAGGAAAAGGCCGCCCGGGAGCUGCGUGAAACGCCGGACGUGGUGGAAAAAGGGAUGCAGGAGCUACGUGCACUGUUGGAAGAGGAGAAGUCGCUCUACGUUCCGAUGGAUAAUGAUGCCUUUAUGAUCAAAUUCCUUCGGCCGUGUAAAUACUACGCAAAAAGUGCCUUCGAACUGAUCCAGCGAUACUAUCGCUUUCGGUACAAGCAUCCCGAUCUGUGCGACGAUCUGUUCCCAUCGACCUCAAAGCAUGUUUACACCGAAGGCUUGGUCCACUUCCUGCCACUGCGCAAUCAGCACGGCUCGCGGAUUCUGGUGCUCGAGUGCGGAAAGAAAUGGAAACCGGCAAACGUUUCGCUCAACGAUCUGUUCCGUGCGGUGCAGAUAGCACUGGAAGCGGGCAUGUACGAGCCAAGGACCCAGCUGAACGGGGCCAUCGUAAUCCUGGACAUGGACGGACUGUCGCUGUCGCAAAUCAUGCAGUUUACGCCAAGGUUCGCGGCGAUGGCCCUCGAUUGGAUUCAGCAGUGUACGCCGAUGCGCCUCAAGUCGGUGCACAUUCUGAACAAUUCGUACCUGUUCAACAUGCUGUUCGCCAUCUUUAAGCCCUUCAUCUCGGAGAAGCUCCGCAAACGGUUAUUCUUCCACCAAAAGGACUGGAACUCACUGAUGGCACACAUCGAUGCGAAGUGUCUGCGGCCCAACUACGGUGGAACGCUCGAUUGUCUGGAGACCGAUGGAGCACUCCUGGGAGAGAUGUUCGAGCUGUACCGUAAAGAAUACGAACUUGCCAACUCCUUCGGAUACCUACGGAAACAGGAUUAACUGGUGUCACGGAACGGGAGUUGAUCGGUUACCUUCCUUCAUUGUGCCUGGGCAUAGAUUAAUGGGGCAUGCAAUAUUAUCUAGGGGACUUGCAACUUUUUAUACAGUUAGCUUUAGAGCAGCGUUGGUUCUUCGCACGGGGAAGUCGUUAAAACUAAUAAAUUAUCUAUAGAGAAAUA